AUUGAAUUUGAUAAUCCCUCCUUGGCACAUGGAGCUAAGGAAGCUAUUAUUGGAAAGAUUAAAGAAACAAUUGGUAAAAUAACGCGUAAAGAUUAUUUAAGAGAAUCUGGCAGAGAUCAAAAAAUAUGGGGAAAGCGUGAAUUUAAAGCUGCUAAAAAAGCUGAAGGUGCUGCGAAUUUUAAUCGAAAGCCAAGCAUAUAA